UGCCAUUGGUCGGCGGUGACGACAAUCCCGAGACGUGAUCCCGCCCACCGAGCGGAUCAAGUUUGAAUGAACAACAGCAGUCUGUUGUAGAGGUGCUAGUUGCAUUUGCAGUAAUUAUUAAAAGUGUGUAUCAUAUCGCGGGGGCGCUGAUCAAGGAUGGACAUGAAGAAAAGAAUCCACCUAGAGUUGCGGAACCGCACUCCGUCAGAUGUCAAAGAACUUGUUCUGGACAACUGUCGCUCAAAUGAAGGAAAGAUCGAGGGUCUAACAGAUGAGUUUGAGGAGCUGGAAUUUCUAAGCACAAUCAAUGUUGGACUGACAUCAGUUGCCCACUUGCCGAAGCUAAAUAAGCUCAAGAAGCUUGAACUCAGUGAUAACAGGAUCUCAGGAGGGUUGGAAGUUCUGGCAGCAAAAUGCCCCAACCUCACACAUCUCAACCUCAGUGGCAACAAGAUCAAAGACCUCAGCACAAUAGGACCAUUGAAAGAAUUGGGUACCCUUAAAAGUCUGGAUCUGUUUAACUGUGAAGUGACAAACCUGAACGAAUACAGAGACAAUGUGUUCAAGCUGCUACCCCAGCUGACGUACCUGGACGGGUAUGACAAAGACGACAAAGAGGCACCAGAUUCUGAUGCUGAGGUAUACGCAGAGGGCUUGGAUGAUGAUGACGACGAUGAAGAUGAUGUCGAGGAGGAGGAGUAUGAUGAAGAUGCAGCACCAGGAGAUGAGGAGGAGGAGGAAGGAGAGGAAGACGAAGAGGACAAUGAAGAAGAGGAAGAGGAGGACCUCAGUGGAGAGGUGAGGGAGGAAGAGGAGGAAGAUUUGAAUGACAAGGAGGUUGACGAUGAGGAUGAUGAAGAAGAAGAGCGAGGUCAGAAGAGAAAAAGGGAACUGGAUGAAGAAGGGGAGGACGAUGAAGACGAUUGAGGGUCCUCUUGAAGCUAAGUUGUGAACUGUUAAACUUGUAUCUCCCAGUCACAUCCCAACAACCCCAUGUAUUUUUUCCCCGUUUCAUAUUGCAGUAGGAGUGGUUUUUGUUAUUGGCCAGUCAGGUAGACGGGGUUGUCUGGAGAAAUAUGUUACAUUUAUGUACCUUUGAUGCUCCCGUGUUCCAGUCUUUACAGUCCACUUUUAUCUGCUCUGUGGACACCAAUUUUAUAAUAUCCAAUAAUGGCAAAGAUAAACCUUUUUAAGAAAUGUUUGUUUCUUUUAUCAUGUUGUGUAAGACUAGUUUCUGAUUUUUAUUUAAAACCCCCUUCAAAAGAAAAUACAAAAUAAAACAAAAAGAGUGCAUGUCUAAACAUUUUAAAGUCAAAUACUGGAUUUCAUGUAUGGCUGUCCUCUCCUCUUCUUAAACUUAUUUUUGCAUUCUACUUUUAUCUUUUUUUUUUUUUUAAAUGUAAGUUAUGUAUUUGUAGUGUCACCAGUAUGCCAAUACUCUCUGCUGUCCUGGUGUGAAACUUCUGUCUGAACAUGCACAGUGUGACCCUCACAGGGCAUAUUUUUAAAAUCUUAGCAAAAAAAUGUCUGCCCUUGUCAAAGCCGCUCCUCCUCCUUAAACCCUCAGCUUUGAUAGUUCGGAAAUUACGUGUUCUUGUAAAUACUGACCAAAUCUAUUUUUUUGUAUUCUCUUUGAUGACGGCAGACAUUAAACAGACAACUGAGGUGAAACUUUGACUUGUAAUAAGAUAUUAAAUAUGUAUGCUGCUUUAUCUAAAAAAUGCAGUAGGAAAUUUCUUGAAUUUGAACAUAACUUUGUAUGCAUAAUCUUUCCAUAAAGAGAAAUGUUCAACAUCAAAACUCAUCCUCACUUUUCCCAUGUUCUUUUCUGUGACACACAGGUGGCAAUGUUUGAAUUUGUGGUGGUAGUGUAGAGAAAUACUUGAUAUAAACGGAGGUUACAACCGCAACUUAUGUGCAUUGAAAUUUUAUUGUUACAAAAUGUAAACUCUGGAAAACGGUCAGUUAUUUGGACUUUGUUUUCACUAUUAUUCGUACUGGUCAAAUUGGCCUACCUCAGUGAUUUUUCACUCCAUGUUAAAUCCACUGUCAUCAGCCAAAUUGUUUAAUUUUCCUUCCCAUUCACUUCAAUAAAUCCCUUUUUUAUAUA